CUCUCUGCCUUCCCCGGGCAUCCCGGCCGGCCUCCCAGCCGCCAUGAGGGCUCUCUCCUUCCUGCUGCUGAUUCUGUGCCUCGUCUCCUCCCACCUGGCUCCAGGUGCUGGCUUUCUCAGUGGUCUCGGCCAGAGGUCUGACCACUACAUGUGUGUCAGGAAAGGAGGCACCUGUAACUUCUCCCCCUGCCCGCUCUUCACCAGGUCAGAAGGCACCUGUUACGGCGGGAAGGCCAAGUGCUGCAUGCGUUGA